AUGGCUCAUGCAGCUGCUUCCAUUAAAAAAGUUCGAGAGUCUGAACUUGAAGAGAGGGAGAGAAACCUUGAGAAGGAAAGGAAAAGGCAGCGGAAAAUCUCUAGGGCAGAUCGGAAACGCAAGUCUGACAGCAAUGCAAGCUUUCUCCGAGCUGCCAGAGCUGGCAAUCUGGACAAAGUAGUGGAAUACCUGAAAAGUGGGAUAGACAUUAACACAUGUAAUCAGAAUGGACUCAAUGCUCUGCACCUGGCAGCUAAAGAAGGCCAUGUGGGACUGGUACAAGAAUUAUUGGAAAGAGGGUCAUCUGUGGAUUCUGCCACUAAGAAAGGGAAUACUGCCCUGCACAUUGCAUCCUUAGCAGGACAAGCUGAAGUUGUCAAAGUUCUGGUUAAGGAAGGAGCCAAUAUUAAUGCACAGUCUCAGAAUGGCUUUACUCCCUUAUAUAUGGCAGCUCAAGAGAACCACAUCGAAGUGGUGAAAUAUCUCCUGGAGAAUGGAGCCAACCAAAGCACAGCUACUGAGGAUGGUUUCACUCCUCUAGCUGUUGCGCUGCAACAAGGGCACAACCAGGCGGUGGCCAUCCUCCUGGAGAACGACACCAAGGGGAAAGUGAGAUUACCAGCUCUGCAUAUUGCUGCUAGAAAAGACGACACCAAAUCAGCGGCGCUCUUGCUGCAGAACGACCAUAAUGCCGAUGUGCAGUCCAAGAUGAUGGUGAAUAGGACGACUGAGAGUGGCUUUACACCUUUGCACAUAGCUGCACACUAUGGAAAUGUCAAUGUGGCAACGCUUCUGCUAAACCGAGGAGCUGCAGUCGAUUUCACAGCAAGGAAUGGAAUCACCCCACUGCAUGUGGCUUCCAAAAGGGGAAACACAAACAUGGUGAAGCUCUUGUUGGAUCGCGGAGGGCAAAUCGAUGCCAAAACCAGGGAUGGACUCACCCCACUCCACUGUGCUGCAAGAAGUGGACAUGACCAAGUUGUGGAGCUGCUGCUGGAACGAGGUGCCCCACUGCUUGCACGGACCAAGAAUGGACUUUCUCCACUUCACAUGGCGGCCCAGGGGGACCAUGUGGAAUGCGUCAAACACCUACUGCAGCACAAAGCUCCUGUGGAUGACGUCACGCUGGAUUACCUGACUGCCCUCCAUGUGGCCGCACACUGCGGCCACUACCGUGUCACCAAACUCCUUCUGGACAAGAGAGCAAAUCCCAAUGCUCGUGCCCUGAAUGGUUUUACUCCACUGCACAUUGCCUGCAAGAAAAAUCGCAUCAAAGUCAUGGAACUCCUGGUGAAAUAUGGGGCUUCAAUCCAGGCUAUAACAGAGUCGGGCCUCACACCAAUACACGUGGCUGCAUUUAUGGGCCACUUGAACAUAGUCCUCCUUCUGCUGCAGAACGGAGCCUCUCCCGAUGUCACUAACAUUCGUGGAGAAACUGCGUUGCACAUGGCGGCACGUGCUGGGCAGGUGGAAGUAGUUCGCUGCCUCUUGAGAAAUGGGGCCCUGGUUGAUGCCCGAGCCAGGGAAGAACAGACUCCACUGCACAUUGCUUCUCGCUUGGGUAAAACGGAGAUCGUCCAACUUCUGCUACAGCACAUGGCCCACCCUGAUGCCGCAACAACUAAUGGGUACACUCCACUGCACAUCUCUGCCAGAGAGGGACAAGUCGAUGUCGCAUCGGUUCUCCUAGAGGCAGGUGCCUCGCACUCCAUGUCCACCAAAAAGGGAUUCACACCUUUGCACGUGGCGGCCAAAUAUGGGAGCCUGGAAGUGGCAAAACUGCUGCUGCAGCGUCGUGCCUCUCCCGAUUCAGCCGGCAAGAACGGAUACACUCCUCUGCACAUUGCCGCCAAGAAGAAUCAGAUGCAGAUAGCUACCACUCUGUUGAACUAUGGGGCAGAGACCAACAUUUUGACCAAGCAGGGAGUCACUCCACUUCAUUUGGCCUCCCAAGAAGGUCACACUGACAUGGUGACCUUGCUUUUGGAGAAAGGAUCUAAUAUCCAUGUGGCAACAAAGACUGGACUGACAUCCUUACACCUUGCAGCACAAGAAGAUAAAGUGAAUGUAGCUGAAAUACUCACAAAACAUGGUGCGAACCAAGAUGCUCAGACAAAGCUUGGUUAUACACCUUUAAUUGUGGCGUGCCACUAUGGAAACAUCAAAAUGGUGAAUUUUCUUCUCAAGCAGGGAGCAAAUGUCAAUGCUAAAACAAAGAAUGGGUACACCCCUCUUCACCAAGCUGCUCAACAAGGCCACACUCACAUCAUUAAUGUUCUUCUUCAACAUGGGGCCAAGCCCAACGCCAUCACCACUAAUGGUAACACUGCCUUAGCUAUUGCAAGGCGUCUGGGAUACAUCUCAGUGGUCGAUACGCUGAAGGUUGUAACGGAGGAGAUUACUACCACCACAACUACUGUAACAGAGAAGCACAAGCUAAAUGUACCUGAGACAAUGACUGAGGUCCUGGAUGUUUCAGAUGAAGAAGGUGAUGACACAAUGACAGGAGAUGGAGGAGAAUACCUUAGGCCAGAAGACCUCCGAGAACUAGGAGAUGACUCUUUACCAAGUAGCCAGUUCUUAGAUGGUAUGAACUACCUAAGGUACAGCUUGGAAGGAGGACGAUCUGACAGCCUGCGAUCCUUCAGUUCAGACAGGUCCCAUACAUUGAGCCAUGCCUCCUACCUGAGGGACAGUGCCAUGAUUGACGAUACAGUUGUAAUCCCCAGCCAGCAGGUAACAACUCUGGCCAAAGAAGCUGAAAGGAACUCAUAUCGCUUAAGCUGGGGCCCUGAAAACUUGGACAACGUGACUCUUUCUUCCAGCCCUAUUCAUUCAGGAUACUCUUCUCCAUGUCUUGAUCAUGACAACAGCAGCUUCCUAGUUAGUUUCAUGGUGGAUGCUCGUGGGGGUGCUAUGAGAGGUUGCAGGCAUAACGGACUACGAAUCAUUAUUCCUCCGCGGAAAUGCACUGCUCCAACACGAGUGACUUGCCGGUUGGUGAAACGCCACAGACUGGCCACCAUGCCUCCUGUGGUGGAAGGCGAAGGUCUGGCCAGCCGCCUGAUUGAAGUUGGACCUUCUGGUGCUCAGUUUCUUGGUAAACUUCAUCUGCCUACGGCUCCUCCCCCACUUAAUGAGGGAGAAAGCUUGGUCAGCCGAAUCCUUCAGCUGGGGCCUCCUGGGACCAAAUUCCUUGGGCCUGUGAUUGUGGAGAUUCCCCAUUUUGCUGCUCUGCGUGGGAAAGAGAGAGAGCUGGUGAUCCUGCGCAGUGAGAACGGGGACAGCUGGAAGGAGCAUUUCUGUGAAUACACUGAGGAUGAGCUGAAUGAAAUCUUGAAUGGGAUGGAUGAAGUACUUGACACUCCAGAGGAGCUUGAGAAGAAACGUAUCUGUCGCAUCAUCACCCGAGAUUUCCCUCAGUACUUUGCAGUGGUGUCGCGGAUCAAACAGGACAGCAACCUCAUCGGACCUGAGGGAGGUGUGCUGAGCAGCACUGUUGUACCACAAGUGCAGGCAGUCUUCCCUGAAGGGGCUCUAACCAAACGAAUUCGCGUUGGCCUCCAGGCUCAACCUAUGCAUACUGAACUUAUAAAGAAGAUUUUAGGCAACAAGGCUACCUUCAGUCCUAUAGUCACACUUGAGCCCAGGAGAAGGAAGUUCCAUAAACCCAUCACAAUGACAAUUCCCGUCCCCAAGGCCUCCAGUGAUGGGAUCGUGAAUGGUUAUGGAGGUGACACACCCACUUUAAGGUUACUAUGCAGCAUAACAGGAGGAACGACCCCUGCCCAAUGGGAAGACAUCACUGGAACAACACCAUUGACAUUUGUUAAUGAAUGCGUUUCCUUCACAACAAAUGUGUCUGCCAGAUUUUGGUUGAUAGACUGUCGACAAACACAAGAAUCUGUUACUUUUGCUUCCCAAGUGUAUAGAGAGAUUAUCUGUGUCCCCUACAUGGCCAAAUUCGUGGUGUUUGCCAAAUCACAUGAUCCCAUUGAAGCACGAUUAAGAUGUUUUUGCAUGACAGAUGACAAGGUGGAUAAAACUCUAGAACAACAAGAAAAUUUUGCUGAAGUUGCCAGAAGCAGGGAUGUAGAGGUAUUAGAAGGAAAACCCAUCUAUGUGGACUGCUUUGGCAAUUUGGUGCCACUAACAAAGAGUGGGCAACAUCAUAUAUUCAGUUUUUUUGCUUUCAAAGAAAAUAGACUUCCUCUGUUUGUUAAGGUGCGAGAUACCACCCAAGAACCCUGUGGACGAUUAUCAUUCAUGAAGGAGCCAAAAUCUACAAGAGGCCUUGUUCAUCAAGCCAUAUGUAAUUUAAACAUCACUUUACCUGUUUACACAAAGGAAUCAGAAUCAGAUCAAGAACAAGAAGAAGAGGUUGAUAUGACUUCAGAAAAAAAUCGACAGGAUGAUCAGGAGAGGACAGAGGAAAGACUGGCCCACAUUGCUGAUCAUCUCGGAUUCAGCUGGACAGAGCUAGCAAGAGAGCUGGAUUUCACAGAAGAGCAAAUUCACCAGAUACGAAUUGAAAAUCCUAAUUCACUUCAGGACCAGAGCCAUGCACUCCUCAAAUACUGGCUUGAAAGGGAUGGGAAACACGCAACAGAUACAAAUCUUACCCAAUGUCUUACAAAAAUCAACCGGAUGGAUAUUGUUCACCUAAUGGAGACCAGCGGCAUAGACUCCAUGCAGGUCCACGGCACUCGCACGUAUGCAGAAAUUGAGCAGACAAUAGGAUUGGACCAUAGUGAAGGGUUUUCUGCACUGCAAGAAGAACUGUACAGUUCAAGACAUAAGCAAGAAGAACAGCAUAGAAUAUCUAAAGACAGUGAGGCAACUGAACACCCUCCUAUUGUCUCUGAGGAAGAUGUGUCUGUCAGUUAUUCUCCUUUUCAGGACAGUACUCCCAGGAGUGAGGCCGAAGUGUCAAUGGCUGAGCUCCUGAGACAAACACAUAAGGAACAAGUAGAAGCUGAAUUCUCAGGGAAACCCCAAUAUGUGCCAGAAAAAACAUCUGCUUCAGAACAUGAAUAUUUUGUCACAACUCCAAGAACAGAGCAGCCUAUGACCCCAGUAACUGGAAAAGCAGCAAGCGAAAAAUCUGCACACUUCAGUGCGGCAAAGGAAGAGAGAGAAAAACCAUCCCCACAGCCCCCAUCAUCUGCUCAGAGAGGUGACUCUCCCAUCAUCCAAGAGCCCGAAGACCCCCAACUCCACCAGGAUGACCUCUCUCCAAGGAGAACUAGUCUAGUGAUAGUGGAGUCAACUGAUGAGCAGACAGAAAAGUUUGGAAGAGGCUAUGAAGAGGAGUCUUUAGAAAAGGCUGAUAGUAUGCCUGAAAUGCCACCAGAAACAGUCACAGAAGAGCAAUAUACAGAUGAACAUGGCCACACAGUGGUAAAGAAGGUCACUAGAAAGAUCAUCCGGCGAUACGUUUCUCCAGAUGGCACAGAAAAAGAGGAAGUCCUAAUGCAAGGAACACCACAAAAACCUGUCACUGUUGAAGAAGGAGAUGGCUAUUCCAAAGUUGUAAAACGAGUUGUGCUGAAGAGUGACAGUGAACAGUCAGAGGUGACCCUGUCUGAACCUGCUGUUUUGCCUAGUGCCUCCAACUUCCAGUCUGAACCAGUGGAAGGCCGGAAGGUCAGCAAAGUCAUAAAGACCACUGUAGUGCAGGGAGAGAGAACGGAGAAACACCUGGGGGAUGCUAGCUUAGCUACUGAUCUUCCAUCAGCCAAAGAGGACUUUGAAGAGGACAACACUGAGUAAAGCCAGCACACAGAAGAGGACUGUGAUGAAGGAUCGGUAUGGAAAACAUGUUCACACAGAAGAGCUGGAAGACACACCAGAAGCACUACCACAGGAUGACCUCCAACAUGACCUCCAGCAGCUUCUUAGACACUUCUGCAAAGAUGACUGGAAACAGGAGUCAAAGUGAGAAGCUGCCACCCCUCAACAACAACACAUAACCAUCCAUCCCAUAUGCAGCAUUCAUCUUCUCUAGGUGUAGACAUUAUUACCUACGUAAUCACUGGAAGACGCUGCCAUUUCUACCUGUGCAGAUGCAGUGAAUUCAUUUCUUCCCCCGUCUCCGUAUAUGAUUUUGGGUUUUUGAUUUUUUUUUACCCCGUAAGCUAAUUUGUGACCAAAGAUAGCAUCCUUCAUUCAGGAUGAUUUAUCCACCGAAUCGUCGUCUUUGUGCUGUACUGGGAAUUUGUCAGCAUCGCCACUUCUUGCUCUUCCUUCGCUUCUGCACUAGCUUCACGAAAUUGCAUUUGUCAAGCCAACUUCAUCUACAGGCCUCUUCAAGUGACUAUGUACAUGCAUCGCAAAAAAGGGAGUUAACAUGUAAACUGUAUAUAGCAAGAGUAUUUGGACUUACAAGACUGCAGAAAAUGCACUGCCUAUGACUACAGUUAGCAUCAUGGAUUACAAGGUCUAUUGACACUGCUGAACAGCGAUUAAUAAAAUAAUGUUAACACAAUCGACUGCAAACACAGACUGACUGAGGAGGAAGCACUGCAGAUCUACUGCAUCCAUAAGACUUCCAGUUUAGAGAUCUAUUAUAGUUAAAGGCUCUAAGAGUCAGGCUAAAAACCUGGAAAUUCAGCUGUUCUCAUGGAGUAACAGCUCACUGUGGCCGUUAAUACUUCUAAGACCUUCGGACAGCCACUUAAAGAUUUCCAGAAAAA